AUGUUAUUAUUAGAAACACACAAUCGUAUUUUAUAUGAUGAAGUUAUUUCACAUUUUGAAGGUGACAGAAGAGUAAACAACAUCUUUGCCGAUUUUGAUGGUGUCAAAUUCAAUGUUCAAACAUCUGAUGAUAAAUCAUCACUCAUGGUAUCUGUUUCACUCCACGCUGCAGCUGAUCUCUUAAAGAAUGGUGGUUCCGCCCUCCUCAAAAGUGUUUAUGGUGAUAUGCUUCAAGCAAAACCAGAAGGUGGUUAUGAUGUUACACUCGUCAUUCAAUCAUCAUUCUCUGGUAAUAAAGAGGAACUUGCAAAAAAAGUUAGUUUAUUAAAAAGACAUUUAGUUGCUGCUCCAUUUUUAAUGGUAUUUGAAGGUAUUGAAGCAAAGAAACCACUUCCAGAAAUUAUUGCAAUCAACUAUCGUACUGAUGAAACCUUUUACUUAAAACCACAAGGUGACAAUGUCAUUGUUAUCUUUGAUAUUGCUUUCAAAGAUGCUGAUGAUGUCAUUUUAUCAAAAAUCUUUUUACAAUCAUUUGUUGAUGUUCGUAAGACAAUUUCAAAUGUACCAUCAAUUACUUUCUCUCAAAAAGAUCCACCACUUGAAUUAAAAGGUGUCAAAGGUGUUAGAGCAGGUCAAGCAAACCACGGUUUUGUUUCAUUUGUACUUUUCCCAGCUCAUAUCAAGAAACCACAAGAAUCAGCCGAUCUCAUCCAAACAUUCAGAGAUUAUUUACACUAUCAUAUUAAAUGUGCUAAAGGUUACAUGCACACCAGUAUGAGAAACCGUGUCGAAUCACUCAUUCAAGUACUCAAUCGUGCUAAACCAGAACCAGUUAACACUGUCAAACGUACAAUCACUGGUAAAUUCUUUAAACAAAAUUAA